AUGUGUGGUGAGCCCGAGUGCUCGCCCUAUGCAGCCCACCUCUAUGAUGCCGAGAACCCUCAGACACCCCUCCGGAACUUUCCUGGCCUCUGCUCAGACUACUGCUCUGCCUUCCAUUCUAACUGCCACUCUGCCAUCUCCCUGCUGACCAGUGACCAUCGCCUCCAGGAGUCCCAGGGAAAGGAUGGAGCCCACUUCUGCCACCUUGUCAACCUUCCUGACAAGGACUAUUGCUUCCCCAACAUCCUGAGGAAUGACCAUCUCAUCCGCAACCUGGGUGUGGUGGCCGAGGACCAGAAGGGCUGCCUCCAGCUCUGCCUGACUGAGGUGGCCAAUGGGCUGAGGAACCCCGUCUCCAUGGUGCACGCUGGGGACGGCACCCAUCGCUUCUUUGUAGCCGAGCAAGUAGGAGUGGUAUGGGUCUACCUGCCUGACGGGAGUCGCCUGGAACAACCCUUCUUGGACCUCAAGAGCAUUGUGUUGACCACUCCAUGGAUCGGGGAUGAGAGAGGCUUCUUGGGGUUGGCUUUUCACCCUAAAUUUCGCCACAACCGCAAGUUCUACAUUUAUUAUUCAUGUUUGGGCAAGAAGAAGGUAGAAAAGAUCCGGGUUAGUGAGAUGAAGGUUUCUCAGGCUGAUCCCAACAAAGCUGACCCAAAAUCAGAGAGGGUCAUCUUGGAAAUAGACGAACCAGCAUCAAAUCAUAAUGGUGGACAGCUCCUUUUUGGCCUGGAUGGCUAUAUGUACAUAUUCACUGGGGAUGGAGGACAGGCUGGGGACCCCUUUGGCAAGUUUGGAAAUGCUCAGAACAAAAGCUCCCUUCUGGGAAAGGUGUUACGGAUUGAUGUCAAUAGGGCAGGUUCAGGCGGCAAGAGGUACCGAGUUCCCCUGGACAACCCGUUUGUUUCUCAGCCAGGGGCGCACCCGGCCGUCUAUGCCUUUGGGGUCAGAAACAUGUGGCGCUGUGCCGUGGACCGGGGGGACCCUGUCACUCGCCAGGGCCGAGGCCGGAUAUUCUGUGGGGACGUGGGCCAGAACCGAUUCGAAGAAAUCGACCUCAUUGUCAAAGGCGGGAACUAUGGCUGGAGAGCAAAGGAAGGGUUUGAAUGUUACGACAAAAAACUGUGCCGCAAUGCCUCUCUGGAUGACAUUCUGCCCAUCUAUGCAUAUGGCCAUGCAGUGGGGAAGUCAGUCACUGGAGGGUAUGUCUACCGUGGGUGUGAAUCCCCAAAUCUCAAUGGCCUCUACAUCUUCGGGGACUUCAUGAGUGGUCGACUUAUGGCUCUGCAGGAAGAUAGAAAAACCAAGCAAUGGAAGAAACGGGACAUUUGCCUCGGCAACACGGCAACAUGUGCGUUUCCAGGGCUGAUCAGCACCUACAGCGCGUUUAUCAUCUCCUUUGCUGAAGAUGAAGCAGGGGAGCUCUAUUUCCUGGCCACCUCUUACCCAAGUGCCUACGCGCCACGCGGAUCUAUUUACAGAUUUGUCGACCCCUCAAGGCGCGCGCCCCCAGGCAAGUGCAAAUACCAGCCGGCGCCGGUGAAAACCAAGAGCAGGCGGAUCCAGUUCAGGCCGCUCGCCAAGACAGUCCUGGACUUGCUAAAGGAGCAAGCAGACAGAGCUACUAGAAAAUUAUCCAACGCAACCUCCGCUUCCAGCCCUCACCCGGCCUUGCCUAAGAAAGCCUCCUCCAAGAGGCCGGCUUCUCGCACCAGCAGCAGGAAAACACCGCGAGGGCCUGGCACAAAGAAGAAAGCCAGAGUGUGGGCUCCAGGCCCGCAGGAGAAGAGAAAGAAGAGCCGCGAGCCCCACAGUGGCAGUACGGUCCCAUCAGCCCAGCGACGGCGAGCUGGCAGGAGCCUCCCUCGGCUCUUUCUGCCAAGGCCACGCUGGCCACGCUCUCGGCCGGGACGGCGUCCGGACGCGCACGAGCCGGUGCCACAGCGCCGCCCGCCGGCCGCGCGGCGUAACUGCAGGCUCAGCGCCUCCUGCCGCCCGCAGCCUCCUCACCGGCGCCACUAG